UAUGGUACAUUUUUAAGACGUCUGUCAGUUACACACGGCCAUCGUUUUGUCCAUUAACUUUGUGUUUUUCGUCUACAGGAAUCAACUCAAUGGAUCCAGACUGGUUCUUUGACCGUUUGCAGAAGCUGAAGUCUGAAGGUCACCUGGUGGACGUGUCCCUGUGUGCAGAAGGGAGGGAGGUCCCCUGUCACCGUCUGGUGCUGUCUGCCUGCUCCGACUAUUUCUGCGCCAUGUUCAGUGGAGCCCACAGCGAGAGUAAGAUGGACAAGAUAGAGAUAGGAGGGGUGGAUCCCGAGUCGCUACAACUCCUGGUCGACUUUGCUUACACAUCCAAGUUCAACAUCACCCCUGACAACGUUUACCACCAGUUUGAAGCAGCCAACAUGCUCCAGAUCAAGCCUGUCGAAGAUGCUUGCGAAAAGUUCCUCUCGGACAACUUGAGUUCCGAAACAUGCUUGGGAACUUGGGCGGUGGCAGAGAAGGUGUCGUGUAUACGUCUGUCAGCAAAGGCAAAAAACUGCGCUUUGAAAGAUUUUGAAGACACCACUGCGACUGAGGAGUUCCUUCAGCUACCUGUAGACUUCCUGAAGAGGUACAUCUCAGACGAGGGCCUCCAUGUGAAGAAGGAAAAGCAAGUGUUGGAGGUGAUCAUACGCUGGGCUAGACAUAGCCUAGAGGAGCGACAACCACAACUAAAGGAACUGCUGAAGUGUGUUAGCUUUUCUUGCGUGGACCAAGAGUAUCUCAAGAGCAUCAUGGAGACUGGCCAGAUCUUAGCAGGAGUUCCUGGCAUCGAGGAACUGAUUAAGGAUCAACCUACUACUAGUACGCACCCAACGCCUCGAAGAAUCCUACAAGAAGAAAUUUUGCUUCUAGGCGGUGUGACAGGAUGUGGAGAAAGACGGCGAGUGAGUUCUCAUAUGUACAGACUAGACCUCCACUUUGACUGCGAGCCUUCCAACACGACUUUAUUGCCACAGUCCCUUCACUGCACUGAGGGAAGUGCGGUGUGUGUUGUUGGCAAUGAUGUGAUCCUGACAGGGGGAGAUGAGUCGCUGACAGAAGCAUGGCGGUACCAGUCAUCUCUGGAUUCUUGGACAAAGCUGGGGUCCCUUAAUACAGGGAGAUGUUAUCAUGGCAUGGCAGCUCUCAACGGUGAGGUGUAUGCUGUGGGUGGCGAUUCAGACAGAAAGGACAGCACUUCUGUCGAGGUGUACAGCAUGGCGGCCAACAGUUGGAAAGAGACAGCACCACUGAAGCUUGCUGUCAGCCACUUUGGCAUAGCUACCUGUGGUGACAAAAUCUACGUGUUUGGUGGCAUGUACGGCAUGUCCGAAGAAACAACAGAUGCACUUCAGUGCUACGACCCCAACCAGAAUGAGUGGACGUUUGCAGCAGUAAUGCCAAAGGCUGUGUCAGGGAUCAGAGCAUGCACUGUGAACUCUAAGAUCUACUUGGUAGGCGGACAGUUAGAGAGUGUUGUGUGCUACAGUCCUCACGAAGAUCGGUAUGAGAAGAUGGCUGAUAGAGAAGCGCCGUGGGACCACUGCAGUGCCUCUGUGUGUGGUUCUGAGAUCUACAUUACCGGUGGCUGUUGCAAUGUGAAUGACUUCUUUUUCAGUACACCCCAUGGCUUAGUCCAGUGUUAUGACGUGUGCAGUGAUACCAUGACCAUUGGUGUUUUGGAAGAUUUGCCUGUCCCAUUACAUGGACACCACACUGUAACAAUAUCAAAGCAUUGAUGGAGUCAGGAGUUGCAUUUUGUGCGCAUUUUCGUCAUCGUUU